UAGAAACAUCGAUGAGGUGUUCUGCAUCCAGCGGCGGCGGCACCGGCCAUGACCCCGAUCCUCUGCCCCCGGACUCGACUAGCAGCGCAGCCCCCCCAGCCUCCUACUGUUGUCGGAAGCAAGAGCCUGUGCUUAAAUAAGAAAUAAGGCCUCAUUGGAGACAUUCAAGCAGAAGUUGGACAACUACUUUUCCAGAACAGAAAGGAAACUCAUGCAUCAGAAAAGGUGACUAAUAAAGGUCCCGAAAGAAUAUGGCUGCACAAAUUCCAGAAUCUGAUCAGAUAAAACAGUUUAAAGAAUUUCUUGGAACCUACAAUAAACUUACAGAAACCUGCUUUUUGGACUGUGUUAAAGACUUCACAACAAGAGAAGUAAAACCUGAAGAGACCACCUGUUCAGAACAUUGCUUACAUAAAUAUUUAAAAACGACGCAAAGAAUAUCCAUGAGAUUUCAGGAAUAUCAUAUUCAGCAGAAUGAAGCCCUGGCAGCCAAAGCAGGACUCCUUGGCCAGCCACGAUAG